UUCAGCUAUAUCCCUCCACUCGUCCUCUCUUUUCCGGAAGUUGCAGCGUGUCCGACGUUUCGUGUCUUUCGCAGACUUAAAAAUGCGUUACGUGGCCGCUUACCUGUUGGCUGUUCUGGGGGGCAACAACAACCCAUCCGCCAAAGACAUCAAGAACAUCCUGGGGAGUGUUGGAAUCGAGGCUGAUGAUGAGCGUCUUAACAAGGUCAUCAGUGAACUGAAUGGCAAAGACAUCAAUGAAGUCAUGAAUGCCGGUCUCUCUAAGUUGGCCUCCGUUCCAGCGGGUGGUGCAGUGGCGGUCUCUGCCGCUGCCACUGGUGGAGGUGGGGCCGCUCCUGCUGGGGAAGCACCUGCAGGUGGGUAGUUAAAUUAACCUGCUACCAAGGUUAUAGAAAACUGAAACAAAU